AACAGGUAUAUGAGUGGCAGACUUCAGAGGGAUUUGCAGAGCUGCCCAACAUCCACAGGUCCAGAUGUCCUAUCUAUAAUAUGAUUGAUGUGCUGCAUGCUGAGUUGAACUGCUAGUUUUGUGCUUCUGAAAGGUCACCAGGUAAUGCAUGUUUAGUCAUGGCUUCUACUGGACCUGUAGCAUCAUCCAGUGUGAAAGACAGUAGCAGUUCUAGAAGAGAGGGUCAUCUGGUCAGGAUCAUUGAGGAUGAUGCCACACUGGCAAUGGUUCAGGAUUUCAUCAAGCAGCAGGAUGGGAAGUCUGACUUGAAUGAGAGAAAUAAGCAUGGUCAGACGGCAUUGAUGGUGGCAUGUUUGCAUGGUAAGCUGGAAAUUGUGAAGUAUCUUCUUGAGAUAGGAGCCGAUCAUCAUCUUACCGCACCUGACAAAAAGAACACUGCGUUGCACUUUGCUUGCAUGUUCAUGCAAAGCAUCAGUGAAGCAGACAGUGCACUGAAAGGAGAAAAGACUGUAGAAGGGGCUAAAAAUCCAGCAAGUGGAGAAGCCAAAGGAGAUGGUUUAGAGGCUCAUUUUGAUACCAAAGCAGAUACGAUUGUAUUACAACUUAUCCUUAACCUCCUGUUGCACAAAGCCAAAUUCCAGAAGAAUGAUGAUGUACUAUAUCCACUUGACUUAGCUGCAUUGAACAAGAGACUCGCUGUCUUUGCUUUCCUUGGCAGUAAAGAUCUAGUGGAAAAGUCUAUGCUUGCUAGGGGAUUGGACAUUCUGGGUUACUUAUUGGCUCUGGAGGAUAAACAUAAAGAUGCAGCAAGAAUACUGGAAAAAGCUGUGAUGGAAAGGGAGAGUGACACUGACAAUCCAGAUCCUGUCGAAUUCACAUCAGAUCUUGAAACUUUCCUCAGUCAAAAAGAGUGCAAGACAAUGGCAGAUUGGAACGCAUUGAAGAAAACUAAUCAUGCAACCAAAGUUAAUGCUUUCCUUGUUGGUGAUCGUGUUCUUCCAGAGAAGUUGAAGCCAAAGGUACUGUAUGGACCACUUGCAAAAUACGGACAUGAGUUGCUUUUCAAGAUGAAAACAAGGGCUAAAGGGUUUCUCAUAUUUGAUGCAUGUCUUCAUCUGGAAAGGAAAGGAUUGCUUUAUUUGAAUACUGUUUUGAUGUACCUGCGGAUGAGUAUACCUAGAGCAGAAACCCUUGAUAUUUUCAGAGAUACUCAGUUUAUUAACAGCACAUGCAAGACGUUAGGAAAGUACAUUGAUGUCAUAAAAGAUGUCCCCAUUGAUCAUCUUGAGAAAAGUGUCAAAGACAUCAUGUGCAACCUUGGUCGUAUCCUGUUUGAUGUAGUUAAUGAAUAUCAAAGUCUUGAAAUCUUGGAGCAGUUUCUCACACCCAUCAUAGAGAUAAUCAAUGUCAUUUGGGAUAGGAUUCCAAAGCCUGAAGCUACUGGCAGUGGUAUCCUGUUCCCCACUAUUUCUGUCUGUCACAAUGUUCUGCUUCACCUGGGAAGAGAGUUCUGUCCAAAUAUCUUCUUCUGUGCCCCUCAUCCCUCCAGGACACGCAGGUACAUCACUUUCCUCUCCGAGCGGUUGAUUGCUAGUCUUCUGCAUGUUGAAGGUGCCCUUGAUUUAGACUGUCAUGGGAACACGAUGAUUCACACGCUGAUGGUGUACUCACAAACAUUAUCACCACAACUGAUUAUAGAUAUUGCAAAGCUCCUGAUAAGACAUGGCUGCCCUACUGAUGCAAAGAACAAGAAAGGGGAAACCCCCUAUGACAUCAACAUGGAAAUGAGAGAAAAUGAAGAUGACUUUGAUGAUGAAGAUGAUUUUGAGGAUGAGGAUGGAGAUGAACCUCGCCUACAACUGGACCCACGUGGAAUGGGCAUUGUGUAUGAGCUCUUGAAGGGUCCAGAAGAAGUGUAUUCUCUUCAAGAGCUUGCUGCAAGGUCUAUCCUUAGCUAUAGGAUUCCUUAUCGCCAGAAGCUUCCAUCUACACUGUUUGCUAUUCUAAGAGACCCAGUCUUGGAUGAAAAUUAUGAAGCUGGAGACUCUGAGACAUCUAGUGACUAUGAUUCAGAUGAUGAACAAAACUGCCCAAUAUCUUGAGGAUGCAAGCUUGUCUAUAACUUCUUUGCUUUCUUUAUAGGCAUUGAUAAACAUUGAUUUGACUUUUAAAAAAAAAUUGAACUGCAAGGUCUCAUUUUUCACCUGCAUCUGUGAUUUUUGUCUCACGUGCAUAGCAAAGCAAGACUAUAGGUGCCGCUUUUUUUCCAAUGGCGACGGUAAUGUCAUCAGCAUUGAAAUCUUUGAAAUGUCAUCAUUUCUUAAAAAGUAUAUGGAGUUGGUUCAUGAAACUUGGAAAUAGGGUAAUCAAGUAUUACAGAACAUUUUGCCUGAGUUUCAGAUCAUACAAUCUUGGUCAAAGGUUAUUUAGGAUCAAUGAACUUAAUAGACCAUGUUGGGGGAAUCAACAUAAAAAACCUAACCAAGGUUAAGUUAUUUAAUGGGUCAUCAUAACUUAGAAAGUAUAUGGACCUACUUCGUGUAACAUGGACAUAAGGGUAAUCAAGUGUUACUGAACAUCCUGCCUGAGUUUAGGUCACAUGACCAAGAUCAAAGGUUAUUUAAAGUCAAUGAACUUUGGCCAUGUUUGGGGUAUUUGUUGAAUUGCCAUAACUUUGAAAGUUUAUGGAUAUACAUAAGGGUAAUCAAGUAUCACUGAUCAUCUUGCACAAGUCAUAGGUCACAUGAUCAAGGUAAAAUGUCAUUUAGGGUCAAUGAACACAGUAUUUUAUUAUCAUAUGAAUGGUGUUUUUGUCAAUAAUUAUUCUAUAGUCGUUUUCAAAGUAGGCCGACUUCUACAUAUCUGGCUGGCAUGUUUUUUUAACUGUGUUAUGGCAUCAAAGCCAUGGAACAGUUUUACUUUCUUUGUCACUCUCGAUUAGCAAAGCAAUGGAAGUAUAAAUCAAUGUUUAUAAAUGCAGUUUGGCAACUUUUUGUUAAUAUUAUGCUUUCUAUUAUUCUUAUUGAGUCAUUGUAUCCAUUUUUUUUUUGGUCAAAGUAUGACAAUGAGUAGGCAGACCUGUUUCAAUUUAUGUGACAAUCUAAAUGAUUGAUUAUUGAAUUCUGUAAUUCCUUAUUUUGUACAAGGACCAUCUAAUUGCAGUAGACAACAUGUAAAAUUUACCAUGCGUAUCGGGGGCCAGGGAACUAUUUUUUUUUUUUUUGGGGGGGGAGGGUAUAAGCCGGAAGUUGGGGCUGGACGUCAAAAUAUAAUCCCAAUUAAUAAUGAUAAUUUUCAUAUUUUUUUAAUGCUUACAGAAGAAAAAGUGGGUGUAGCGGUUGACUUAAGCCCCCAAGUGCCUUGGUUCUGCUCCCCUGGUAUAUAUCUAAAGCCAAAUUGAAUUUCAUGAAACAGCAUUUAUACACUAUUUUCAGUGAGAAUAAUUUUACUGCUGUCUGGUUAUCUUGGUUUCAUAUGAUCAUUCAGCUGUCGCAUGCACUUUUUUCACAGGCAUGUUGAUUGAAUCAAAUAAUUAAGUUGCAGUUCAUGAACCCAUAUCAUAACGCUUAUGACUGGUUAUUCUGCCUAGAACCUUGAAUAGAUUGGCUGUAGACCCCUGUUACCAUGGUAUUUACCUUAAUCAUCAUGACUAUGUGCCCAGAAGCAAUGUGCCUUGUUUACAGAAUACUUGAAACUAUAUAAGGGCCUAAAGGCUCUGUCACAUCGUUCCGUGCAAGCGUUGCGGAUGGGUUGAAGGUGAUUGGCCGCAACUCACCCACAAUAAAGUUUUGAGCAUGUUCAAAACUUUUCUGCUUGCAAAGCAGACCUGGGUGCGCUCCUGGAGGCAACUGCAUGUGAGAUACGUGCGAGACUGCCAAGACACUAUCAAUGCGGGUGAAAUGCGGGAAGCAAAAAUAGUUACCAGCAAGUCGCACACAAGGCUUUCACGGAACGAUGUGACAGAGCCUUAAAGUUUCUUUUUUAUGUACAUGUAUGUAUGAAAAUAGCAACCUGCACAUAUGUGUCCCUCCAGUGGACCUGUUACAGAAAGAAUUCCAAUCAAACACAACUCAAUGAAUCAAUCACAUGAUCCAUGAUUGCAGUGCUUUCUGUAAUGAAUAUUUAUACAGUACUACAUAAUAUGCUCUAUGCUACACACAGUAUCGUACUCUACUAGAAAAUCAAACCUUUUUAAAGAUAUAUGCUUGUUGUGGUAACGAUUUCAAAAUGAGAUCGCACAGAAUCUAAUCAAAUGACUACCCAAGUGUCUGUGUGUAUGAAUAAAAAAACAUGUGUGCCAAAGUAUUCUGUAAGUAAUUGUUGAAAAAUUAGCAAAACAAAAUUUGAGCACGAUGAUAAUAUUGCUUAGAGAUAUUGGUAUGGCUGCGUAUACACUACAUUUAAAUAAUUAUAGCACUACAUGCCAUUGCAAAUUGUAUUCUUGGUUUUAAAUUCUUUAAUAGUAUGCUAAUCAUAGGAACCGAGAUUGAACUAUUUUUAAACAACUCAUAGAACAAAUGGGUAAACAUUAAUACUGUAAAAUGUACGCUGCAAAUUUUCAUUGAUCUUGUUCUGUUCUCUAUGUUGUAUACACAUUUCUGUUCUACAUGUCUGGGAUCUUGCAUUAUGAAGCUACUUUGAGUGUUUUCCUCUCACAUCGUGUUUUAGUGUUCCAUUUUCUUCUAAAUCAUACAACUGUUGAGGGGUAGUACAAAAAUAAAAACUGAAAUACAAAAUUAAAACAAAUU